AUGUCUAAAAUACCAAGCCAGCAGGUGGUUAUUGUCGGAAUCGACGCAAAUGCGAAAAUACGACUCGAACAGCAAUCCGAUGUGUUAGGAAAAUGGUAUUAUCUAGCGGAGAGCACGUCGGGCAACGCUGACCGUCUGGUCGACUUGUGCGAACAGACGGGCCUAAUCAUCGCUUUUACGUUUAAGAGGACUCAUCGACACCAUCAGUUCACGUGGCAGGGUUCAACCCUUUUAACUCCUGAAGAGCAGCGCAGGCGGAAGAUGAGGACUCUUAAGCUUCAGCUCGACUACGUUCUGGCGAGGAACAUUCCUCAGUCAGAUAUCCGAAAAUCUAGAGCUGUUUGGGACGUUGCUUUCGACUCUGACCACCGUCCAGUUCUUCUCAGCCUCAAGAUACGGUCCCACAAGAGAAACCGAAGAGUUCCUCUUCAACCGAAAAUCGACAUGGCAGGUCUGAAACACGAAGAAUGCAGAACCAAAUUCCGCCAACGUGAGUCUAUUCAUGUUGGAGUACGGACCAGGAAGAAGCUUAGCGAUGCGGAUUCCUUCACAAAGUGCAUCCAGGACGCUGCAAGGGAAGCACUCCCGGUUCUAUUGCCGAGGAAGAAGUUUGUCUUUGCAUCUGCGGAAACAAAAUCCACGUACCAUUCUGCAUGUGUCGCACGCAGCACUGGUGACUUCAACCAGGAAAAGCGUCUUAGAAUGAAGUUGCGUCGUCAACUCCAACAAGAUCGCGAUAACAAGUGGACGUCAAGAGCGAUGGAGUUUGAAGUUUGUGAGAGGACAAGAGCCCGCGGAAAGCAUAUGCUUUACUAA